AGUCAUUCGAAAUUGGUCAUUAUACCGUGUCGUUAGAGGUUAGUACUAUUUAAGGCUUAAUGAUCUCAGAGAGGGAGUGUUGAUUGUUCCCGGUGUCGUUAAUGCGAUGAUUGGGCCAUGGCCAGUCGCUCCCUACUCGUCCAGUCUCGUUGCCGAAUUGUCGAAUGACAUUUACACUUUAGUGCCACAAAACUAGUGAUUACUGUAUUAAAAUUACGCUACAGUCUACCAUAUAUAAUGAAAAUGCAGCGUUUCAUGAGAUUUUGUCUGUUGACGUUAUGCCUUGCUACUCUUGUGUAUGGAGCUCCAUCAAUGACAGAUGCUCAAUUAGAACAGACAUUAGCUGACAGGAAUACCAUGCAGAGACAUUUGAAAUGCGCGUUGGGGGAGGGGCCCUGUGAUCCUGUCGGAGUGCGACUCAGAACAUUAGCGCCAUUGGUUCUUCGAGGCGCUUGCCCGCAAUGCUCCGCGCAGGAGACGAGACAGAUUAGACGCACCCUGGCGUUCGUGCAGAGGAACUAUCCCUGGGAAUGGGCGAGAAUCGUCAGUUACAUUGUUAUCGCUCUCUGUGCGUUGGCGGCAACCUGCCUCGCGCAGGCCCAGACAGACAGGCCUGCGGUCUCUGACACAGCUUUGGAGGAAGCCCUCAAUGAUAAACGUUUUAUACAAAGACAGCUGAAGUGCGCUCUCGGUGAAGCACCUUGCGAUCCCAUCGGUAAACGUCUCAAAACACUAGCGCCAUUGGUACUUCGCGGCGCGUGCCCGCAAUGCACGCCGCAAGAAACGAAACAAAUUCAACGCACGUUGUCUUACGUACAAAGAAACUUUCCGCAGCAGUGGGCCAAGAUCGUGCGCCAAUACUCCGGCUGAACAUUAUUAUUAAAUUGUAAAGAGAAACGCGUUAUCAAGGCUGAAUUGUAAUAACUUUGUGUCCAGUGUCAACUUCCAUUUUAAAUUGACAAAAGUGUUUCCAUUAAAAUUUGGCUGUACCAUACUUAAGUUUAAAAAAAUCUUGUUUUAGUAAAUAUUUUGUAGUAUUAAGAACAUACAUACUUUGUAGCUAUGACCCAAAUUUAUGAUGGACCUUAAAUGUUGCACA